AAAUUUCCAUGGGCGAUCUAAGGUAGCCUUGACCGUAUAUCGAACAUGACCAAAGUCAGAUUCGAAGCUGCUAGGUAAAUUUGCAGGGCUUUUUCUCGGGUUUUGACGCGCAAGCUCCGUAUCGUCUUUAUUGAUCCGUGCGCGCGAGAGAGAGUGCUGUAGCACGCCGUAAAUAUUCGUCCUAGCGAGGGACCUAUUCGUAUUCGUCGUGGCGAGGAUACGCGCGUUAAAAGGUGUACAAAAACGACGUGAGCGUGGCUUAAGAUGGCCCGGGGAGACACGGAGGAUGGACCCCUGAUUCGGCCCGUUAAUGCCGUAUCGACGAAAACAUUGGUCGUACUAUGCACCGGCGGUGCCUUCCUGGUUUGCGCCGUCGCGAUGACCUGGUGGCUCUGUCGACGACGACAUGAACAUACCAAGUUGAAUGCUGACAGAUCGUUGGCUUUCAGACCUCCUCGUAGAAAGCCGACCGCAGUAAAAAGUCCUGGUAGUACGAGUCAUUAUUUGAAAAAGAGUCCGAGUCCUACCGGUCCUGCUAAAAAUCCACCAGGUUCUACUGGACAACAGCAGCAGCAGCAGCAGCAGCAGCAGCAGCAACAACAGCAGCAACAGCAACAACAAACCAUUUCGGACUUGCCUACGCCGCAAAUACCUACGAACAAUAUUAAUUACGAUGUAUCGCAUUGCGAAAAAGCUGGUACUACACCGGUUAAAACAUCGAGUAGCGAGGUUACGCUCAUCAUCGAGGACGAAUGCGACAAAGCUGAAUUGGAAAAUAACGAAAAAGUGAAAUGCGAAUCUAAUUUGUGCAUGUCAGAUAAGAAGAACGGUCUUGGUAUAUUGGUAUUUAAAUUGAGAUACAAGAGCGAACAAAAUGCAUUGGCAGUUACGGUCGUUAAGUGUAAGAAAUUACCAGCUAGGGAUCAGGGAAAUACCAGCAGCGAUCCUUACGUUAAAUUACAGCUAUUACCGGGCAAACGACAUCAUGUGAAAACAAGAGUCCUUCGUAAUACGAGAAAUCCUGUUUACAACGAGGAUUUCACGUUCUUCGGAAUCACGAAAAGUCAACUCGAGGAAAUCAGUCUACAUUUCGUCGUUUUAAGUUUCGACAGAUACUCGCGCGAUGAAAUUAUCGGCGAAUUAACGUGCGCACUUUCCUCGAUACCAGGAUUAAAAGAUUCCGAUAAUCAAGAAAUAUCACUGCGCCGAAACAUCUGUCCGAGGAGUUUGAAGAUACAAUUCCAAGGGAGAGGGGAACUGUUGGUAUCGUUUUGCUGGCAAUCGGCAACAAAUCAAUUAUCGGUGUUCGUCUUGAAGGCACGAAAUCUCCCUAAAAUGGAUGUCACGGGUCUUGCCAGUCCUUACGUUAAAAUUUAUCUAUUGUAUCAAUCGAAAUGUAUCGCUAAAAAGAUGACCCACGUAAAAAUGCAUACGUUAAGUCCUAUAUUCAACGAGCCCUUCGUAUUCGAUAUACCCAACAAUAUUCACAGUUUAAGCAACGUCAGUCUCGAAAUAAUUCUUUACGAUUGGAAUGCAUUAACUAAAAAUGAGGUUAUUGGCAGAUUAAAAUUCGGUGGUUCCAAAUGCCAAGGAUCCACGUUGAAUCAUUGGAACGAAAUUUGUAGAUCUCCUCGACGGCAGGUUGCCGAAUGGCACAAGUUAAGGGAAUAAUCCCUUGACCUUAUCUCCUAUCCUACCCUUUUUCUUCGAUUUCCUCGAAGGAUCAUUUUAUGACAUCUUAAUGACAUUAGAAAUUCCUUCGAAGAAAUUAAGAGACUACUUAUGUAUGCCGAUAUGCUUAAAACCAUGCUGCUGCUCUGCACGAUUAUUAUUUUAACAUCAUUUUAACAUCAUUUUAACA